UCAAUAAUGUAUAUAUAAUAUAUCCUCCAAUCAUCGAAUGGAGGAUCAACAACAGGGAAUCUAUGUCCAAAACCCACGUUUAGGUCUCUUAGUUUUGGACUCACUCCAAUUCAAAAGCUAUUAUGUUACUCAAUUUUGAGUUGAUUAGGUAGUAACUGUUUUAUUUCUAGCGUUCCUUGUGAAGACCCGAGAAUAGAAGCGUCCCACCUUAAAUGUUUCGCAUCCGCGGUAGAAUCACCGUCCGGGAUUGGAUGCCUUUAUUGUUUUUUGUAUUUGUAAACAAUGUCAUGAAUAUCAGAUCAUGACUGUUUGGUUUUGUAAGAAUUGUAGCAAUAACAUCGCUCACUGGUUUGCUCAGUUCUUCUUGUUAAGAGUUUUCUUGAUGGAGAGCGAUAACUGUCCUCAAAAUUGCUCGGGUCUUCCGUAUUUCCCUCCUCCAUUGCCAUGGAAAGUCCCGAUUUCUGUAUCGUACGACAACAACGACACUCCAUGGUGGGACACUCCAAGGUCGACCAUCGUCAUCAUAGCCAUCGUCGCCAUCAUCGUAGUUGGCGGGUUCCUUCUCAAAAAUCGCCAUGUUCCUAAGGAGACAGCCGCUUCGCCGGAGAAGGAUUCGAAAACUGAGAUUCCAAGUACAAUUGAAAUAGCUUUUCGUCAUGAAAAGAAGUGAUUGUUGAACAUAAAAAGAAGUGAUUGUAAGAUGUGAAAAUAAAUGAUUGUUGAUAUGAAAAUAAGUGCUGGUUGAUUAUGAAA